ACAUCCACAUACAUACAAACAUACAAACAUACACAUAUAUUGUCAAUAUUACAAGAUACGAAUAGAGAAAGAAAAGAAGAGAUGACGACUACAUCAGGUGAUUCACAAUCUACAUCGGACAACAAUAUGCUCAAGUAUAAGGAGCAAAAGUUGGUGUCCAAACAGAUUGAGAAGCAGUUGAAGAAUGAAAAGAAGUUGUUGGAUCGCGAGAUGAAGCUGCUGUUGCUGGGCACUGGUGACUCAGGCAAGAGUACCAUCGUAAAGCAGAUGAAGAUCAUUCACAUGAAGGGAUACACACCAGAGGAGAGGACCAAUCAUAAGUCACUCAUAUAUAGGAACGUCAUUGAGAUAUUCCGAUCCCUAAUCGAAGGAUGUGACAUAAUCAACGUUCGCAUCGAUCCAUCUCACGAACAACUAUGUGAUCAGAUCUUGGAUUUACAUGAUUCAAGGAAAUACUCAAGCAUGGAUAUAGGAUUGAUUAGAUCGAUUGUUGGACUGAGCAAGGAUGCAAGUAUCCAGCAGGCACUGAUGACUGGUGGCGCAAAGUUCCAGAUCCAUUCAUCGGCCAACUACUUUAUCAGCUCACUGGAGAGGAUUGCAGACGUCAACUACCUGCCAACCGAUCAGGAUAUACUUUGCACACGUGUGAUGACGACGGCCGUGUCUGAGACACGCUUCAACGUCAGAGGCAUCAACUUUAGAAUGAUAGACGUGGGCGGCCAGCGUGGCCACCGCGAGAAGUGGAUCCAUCACUUUAGCGAUGUCACUGCGAUCCUGUUCAUCGUGUCGCUGUCUGAGUACGACCAGGUGCUGGAGGAGGACACCAACACCAACCGCAUGAUCGAGUCGGUCAAGGUGUUCUCUGAGAUCAUCAAUGGCAAGUGGUUCACCGAGAUCCCCAUGCUACUGUUCCUCAACAAGAGUGACCUGUUCGCCGAGAAGAUCAAGCGUACCAAUCUCAACGUCUGCUUCAAAGAAUAUCAAGGUGCAUCCAACUAUGAUGACGCUCUACUCUACAUCAAGAAGAAGCUACUCUCUUGUAACAAUAACAAAUCAAAACAGAUAUAUACACACAUUACUACAGCCACGGACACUGGCAAUAUCACGGUUGUUUUCAAUGCAGUCAAGGACAUCCUCACCAGACAGACAAUGGAAGAGGGUGGUAUCUAA